AUGGAAUCAUCCGCCUCCGGUUCAGGAGAAUCGCAAUCUCAAAAAAGAAGUGUUAUUUGGAUGCAUUUCACCAAUAUAUCGGAAGCUAAUGCAAAGUCUAAUCUUUGUAAAAAUAUUUAUUCGCAUAAAAAUGGAAACAUUAGCAAUUUAAGGAAGCAUUUGAAAACUAAACUUCCGAUUCUUUCAUUGGAAGGAGAAAGGGCAAAACGGCGGGUGGAAGACGAAAAUAUGCCUAGGUGCAAAAGGAACCUAGUUUCAGAAAACCUUAAAGCAGAAACAGAAGAGAAACUCUUAAAAUAUGAGGCUGAAAUUGAAGCUUUGAUUAAACAAUCAAAGGAGAAGGAUGAGUAUACCUAUUACCAGACUGCGAAGAAGAACAACAGAUAUUGA